AUGAGCUACUAUGGAAACUAUUAUGGUGGCCUGGGCUAUGGCUAUGGUGGCCUAGGCUGUGGCUAUGGCUAUGGUGGCUAUGGUUGCUACGGUGGCUAUGGUUAUGGCAGCUAUCAUGGCUAUGGCUACGGCCACCCUCUGUGCUAUAGAAGAUACUGGUCCUCUGGCUUCUACUGA